UGUGCCGGUCGGAGUGGGGGGUGUUAGGUUAGGUUUUCGUUACGGAAUUUAUUUUUCGAUUUUUCGUUUUUUCGAUUUUUCUUGUCUUGUUCGACUAGGGCAUUCAGGUAAACCAAUCAAUAUCUGUUAUUUUCGAGGCAGAUAACAAAAGAGACCAUAUAUUAAAAAGAACAGAAGAAGAAAGCCUAAAUUCUUUAACAUAACCUAAAAUUGGAUUUCAAAAUCUUACUCAAAUAACUCAAAUCAAAUCCGAAUUUAAUCAAUCUUUUACGAUGUUUUUAUGUUAAAAACCAUCAAAUUGAAAUAUAUAUGUAUAUAUAAAUGAUGAUUUAGAAAAAAUAAAAAAAAAAAAAUGUAUUCUAGAAGACUCAACAAUCUUUGUUGUACCAUAAUUAAUAAUAAGAAAUAUUUACACACAAGUACAAAAUUAAAUAAACGUGAACAUCCACUUUGGAGGACUAUAAGGAUAUUAGGCGAAGAUUUACAGUUUAAGAAGCGCCUUUCACCUGUUACAAGUGAAGAUUAUGCUUUAGCUAUUUCUAGAGAAUUUCCCAGACAUGCGGAUAUUGUAAUUGUAGGUGGAGGUGCGAUCGGUAGCUCUAUUGCAUAUUGGAUAAAGACAAAAUCUAAUUUUGAUGGUGUUAAAGUAGUCGUUUUAGACAAGGAUCCUACGUAUACAAAAUGUUCCACAGCAAUAUCAAUGGGAUGUUUAAAACAGCAGUUUACACUACCAGAGAAUGUUCAAAUGGCAUGUUAUGGGGCCGAAUUUUUAAGGCAGUUAAAAAAAAAUUUUGGAAUGGAAGCAAAUGUAAAUUUUAAUCCUGCUGGAUGCUUAUUGCUGGCAAGCGAUGAGGGUGCACAACAAUUGAUAGAUAAUUCCCAAUUUCAAAGAGAAUAUGGAGCUAUAAACAUGAUAUUGAGCCCUGAACAACUGACCAAACGGUUUCCUUAUUUAGAUGUGUCAGAUGUUGCUGUUGGUAGCUUAGGCUUAGAAAGAGAGGGUUGGUUUAAUGCUUGGGAUAUGUUAAAAUAUUUCAGAAGAAAAUCAAUUGAAUUAGGAGCACAAUAUCUUAAUGCUGAGGCUGUCGAUUUCAUAUUUGAAGAAAGAGAAGAUAUUUUAGUGGAUGGUGUACAAGAAGCAACUUAUCGUGGUACAAAUGAAAUUGUUGUAAAACUACCUCAAGAAUCAGAAACCAGGUCAAUAAAAUUUGCUUUUUGCAUAAUAGCUGCAGGACAUGAAUCCACUAAUGUAGGCCAUCUUGCUGGAAUCGGCAUACAACCUGGAAUGCUUUCAGUUCCCUUACCUAUAGAAAAAAGAAAACGUUUUGUUUAUUCUUUUAACUGUGAAGACCACCCUCCAAGUAUUAAUAGUCCAAUGAUUGAAGAUUACACAGGUAUAAACUUCAGAAGGGAAGGUUUGGGUGGCUCAUUUAUUGUAGGAGCCGCCCCCCAUCCUGACUUCACACCUCCCAGUGAAAGUGAAGAAGACAAAUUAAAAUUUUUCAAUGAUAUGGUACUACCUUGCUUGUCAAGAAGAGUUCCAUCAUUUAAAGAUGUUAAGUUAACAGGCUCUUGGAGUGGAGACUAUGAUUAUAAUAAUUUUGAUGGAAAUGGUAUUGUUGGGCCACAUCCAUAUUUCAUAAAUAUGUACCUGGCUACAGGUUUUAGUGACAAAGGUAUUCAACAAGCUCCUGCUGUAGGACGAGCGGUAUCAGAAAUGAUUUUAGAUGGAGGAUUUAAGACAAUUGAUCUUACUCGGUUAAGUUUCAAUAGGUUCAUUGUUGAUAAACCGAUGUUUGACGUUCGAGUUACUUAA